AUGGACAGUCUACCGGCGGGGUUUGACAAGGAUUUGUUAAAGGCGGCACUGGCGUCGCUACGCGAUGAGGACAGUAGCGGCAGCGGGGGCGGGGGAAUGGAGUUGACGGACGAUUUGGUAUCCCGCGUGGGGCAGCGCCUACAGCACCUGCAGGCCCUCGCCGCCGCGCGGGCGCCGCCCAAGUCCCCCACACUUGCGCCCAACUCCCCCGCAGUUGCGCCCAAUUCCCCCGCUGUAGCUGCGCCUGACGGUCAAGGGGGAAGUGUGUUGGGUUCUCCCGCCGUACAGGCGGGAGAACCUCAAAGAGAAGCCCAGGGGGAGCAGGCGGAACACGGCCGCAGCGAGUUGGGCGCAGAUGGCGCAGGGGAUAAUGCUGGAGACACGGGACAUGUAUCGCAAACGGGGCAUGCUAUAGCGGACACUGGGCGAAAUGACCAUGAGGCGGCGGAUGGUGGGGGGGGAGCGGGGAAAUCCGGCGAAGGGGCGAAUGUCGCGCGUGGCGGAGAUAAGGAGGCAGGCGGAGCGGAGCAGACAGGGCAGGAGGGCGGGAAUGGGACAGCGCUCCCGACCGAGGGGGACGCGAAUGGGGGCUUUGUCAAAAGGGCAGGGGAAGGUGAAGGGGAAGGAGCGGAGGGCGGAAUGGGCGGAAAUUCCAGUACGCCAGCUGCGCAGGCGAACACCGCACCGGUAGCGGGAGCGGUGGCGCACGCGGAGGAGAAUGCGGAGAAGAUUGUAUUGGCGGGAUACAGCAAUGAGCGCGACCAGCGAAGCAGCGAUAACGAACAUCAACAUGCACAGGGGCAAGCGCAUGGGCAAGCGCAUGGGCAAGCGCAUGGGCAAGGGCAUGGGCAAGCGCAUGGGCAAGGGCAAGAGCAGGGGCAAGGGCUAGGCGCAAGCCGCCAGCUGACUCCCACCCCUGGCGCGCAGGAUAUAGCGCCCGCAGCGGCGGUAAUCAACAGCCCCGCGCAGGUCGCAGCGGAGCCAGCCGGCGGAGAAGCGGCAGCGGGGCGCGGAGCCGACUCUUUCGCGGAAGAGAGACCGGGGAACGGCGGGGCGGGCGGGGAAGGGUCGGACGGGAUGGGCGGAGACGGCGGGGAUGGCGGAGAGGACGAGGAUUCGGAAGAGGGAGUGGAGAAGGAAGCGAGUCGCAUGCUGUCUUCGCAGUACCGCGGGGUGGUGCCGCAGCCGAACGGGCGGUGGGGCGCGCAGAUCUACGAGAAACACAGCCGCGUGUGGCUCGGCACGUUCAACGGCGAGGAAGACGCGGCGCGCGCGUACGACCGCGCCGCGCUCAAGUUCCGAGGGAGGGAUGCGAUGACGAACUUUCGGCCGAUGCCCGAGUCGCACCCCGAGAUCUGCUUCAUCAUGUCGCAGCCCAAAGAGAAGGUGCGCCGCCCCUCACUCGCCGCUCCCGCUCCCACAUGCUCCGCCCCCCGCCCCCCUCCCUCCGGCCUCCUCCCCCCGCGCUCCUCCCGCGGCGCUCCUCCCCCUCACUUCCUCCCCUCCGCCUCCUCCCCCCGGCAUCUACCCACCGCGCUUCUUCCGCCUCUCGAUCUGCCUGGUUUGAUCAUUGCUCCCCGCAUCCGCCCUCACCCGCCUGUCGUGUUUCUGCUCCGCCUUUCAUGGGGCUAUCCUCACUUUCCUCUCUCUUUCUUUGCACCCGCUCUCUCCUCCGUUACCCUGCCCCCUCAGUCAAAUUUCCCUGCCCUCGUCCCGCUUUGCACCCUGCGCCAUGCGCCAUCUCUCUUCCCCCAUGUCGUAUGUCGUCUGAUUCUUCCCCUUUCUCCUGCGCCCAUCCCCGCCACUCUCCCCCAUCCAAACCCCCGUCCCCGCGCGCAGCUGGUGGACAUGCUGCGCAAGCACACAUUCGAGAACGGACUUUUGAGUCGACUCCAGAGUCGCCCCGCGCAAGACGGCGCGGGGACGCCCCUCCGCAUCGUUGGGAGCGCGGGCGCUCCCGCAGGCGCGGGAAUGGGCGGUGGGCGGGAACUGGGGUUCCCCGCUGCGGACGCGGCGCAGUCAGGCAGAGGGGGGUUCCAUGGAGGAGGGGGCGGAGCAGGGGGAGGAGCGGGACCAGGCGGGUAUGGCGGAGGCGGCGGGCAGGUGAUGGGGGCAACCGGGGGAGGCGCAAUGGCAGGAUCGAUGGGGGGAGGCAUGGGCGGAACGAUGGGCGGAGGCGGCGGGAGCGGGGGGGGCGUGAGCAUGGCGGGGAAGGAGCAUCUGUUUGAGAAGGCGGUGACGCCCAGCGACGUGGGGAAGCUGAAUCGGCUGGUGAUUCCCAAGCAGCACGCGGAGCGCUGCUUCCCGCUCGACCCCAACCUGCCCACGCCCGCCAUGACGCUCUCCUUUGAGGACGAAGCUGGCAAACACUGGCGCUUCCGGUACUCGUACUGGAACAGCAGUCAGAGCUACGUGCUGACCAAGGGGUGGAGCCGCUUUGUCAAGGAAAAGCUGCUCGUCCCGGGGGACAUCGUCUACUUCCACCGGGGCACCGCGGGGGACCUCUUUAUAGGCUUCCGCCGCCGCCCCGCGCAGGGCUUCGCGCCCUCCGCCGCCGCAUCCAGCGGGGGCGCGGGAGCCGCGCUGGGCUCCGCGGAUGGGGCGCAAGACGACCCCAUGGGGCUGCAGGGGAGGUCCUGGCGGAGGCCUUCCCCGCCCCGCCAGGCGGGCGGGGGGUAUGGGGGGUUUGGUGGGGGCGGGCAGCGGAGAGCGGAAGGGGGGGGGUAUGGGCGGGACGAGGGGGAGGAUAGUAUGGAUGGGGAGGUGGGGAGUGUAGGCGGGGGGGGGGGAGGGGGCGGGGCGGAGCAGGGGAAGUUAGGGGCGAGCAAUCUCGCGGCGCUGACUGCAGCGAAGCUUCCUGCGUCGCUUCUAGCACAGCUGGGCCCGUCGGGCGUGGCGCAGCUGGCGUCACUGCUGACGUCAGUGACAGGUCAGGGUGGGCUGACCCCUGCCGUGCUGCUCUCCCACAUCCAGCAGAUUCAACGUCAGAAGCAGCAGCAGCAGCAGCAGCAACAGCAACAGGCGCCGCUGCAGCAGCAGGAGCAGAAAGAGGAGGAACUAGAGGAGGAAGAGGAGGACGAGGAGGACCAUCCGUUACAGCAGGGGCAGGGGCAGGGGGGGGGUGCAAUGGAGGGCGAGGGGGCAGUGAGCGAGAUAGUCCCGGGGGUGGUGAAGGGAUCAGUACAAGAGCAGCUGGUGAAUGCUGCAGUGGCAAAGGGAUUAGCGGCGGGGCUGUCGAGGGACCAGAUCGUGUCGUCCAUUGCCGCCCUGCUCGCGCAGCAGCAGGCCAUGCGCAUCUCCUCCUCCGCUACAGACAAAGCCGGUGAUGCGCACGGCGGGGCGGCGUCGCAUGGGGACGGCGGUGCGGGCGCCACGGGGGGGAUGGGCGCGCCGUCGUUGCUAGUAGCGCCUGGAACAGCGGGGGCAGGAGCGCCAGGUGGAGGAAUCGGGGGAAUGGGCGGGAUGGGGGGAAUGAAUACAGACGGUCACGGGCAAGAGGCAGCAUGGGACCAGGGCGGUCCCUCCCAACCUCCCCCCUCCCUCCACCCGCCCCUCUUCCACAUGCCGCAGUCACUACCUCCCCUGGGUGGCACCCGCCCGGGGGGCUACGGAGGGGCGGGGGGGCUGGCGGGGAGGAAGCGGGCAGCACCAGAGGAUUCGGCAGAGCCGUCAGGGAGUCGGGGGGACGUGGGGGACGGGGGCGCGGACGAUGGCGCAUCCAUGGCGUCAGGCAUGGGCGGAGGGAAGCGCAUGGCCUCUCUUGCUGCUGCUGGCAGUGCGGCUGCUGGCGGGGGUGGAGGCGGGGGUUUUGGGGGAGGUGGUGUAGGGCUGGGGGGGUUGAUGGGUGCGCGGAUGAGUGGGCUUGGUGAUGGUGGUAGGGAGGCUUCUGGCGGCUCUCCGUUCUACCAGCACCAGCAACAGCACAACCAGCAGCAGAACCAGCAGAUGCCGCAGAUGCAGCAGCAGUCACGAGGGGGGUUCAUGGGAACAGGGAGCAUGGGAGCAGCAGGUGGAGCAGCAGGCGGCGCAGGGACAGCAGGAGGCGGCGGAGGUGGUGGUGGUGGUGGUUUAGGGGGCAGAGGGGGGUCGCCCCCUUCUAGUUUGGGCCCUGAACGCUCAGGCAACUCCUCCCCUGGUGCAGCAGGCACGGGCAUGAUGGGGGGCACGGGGGAUGGGGCAGGGGCAGGCGGAGGGGGAUUGGGGGGGCUGUCAGGGUCAGCAGACGCAGCAGGCAUGGGGGUAGGGAGCAUGGCGGAUAAUGCAGGGGGAGCGGGCGCGCGGGGCGGAGCGGCAGGGGGAGGAGGGGGAGGCGGAGGCGCCGGGGGAGAGGAGAGCUUGAGAGUGAAGUGCUUUGUAGAGGGGUCACCGUUUGGUGUGUCGGUGGAUCUGAGUCGGUUCCAGUCGACGCAGGAGCUGAGGGAGGCACUGCUGUCGGUGACAGAGGGGUCGUCUGUGGUGUACCAGGACCGCGAGGGGGAUAUGAUUCUGCUGGGCGACGAGUCAUGGGAGUUCUUUUUGAAAUCCGUUCGGCGGAUGUACAUCCGCCGGUGA